UCUGCCUCGAUGGAUGCGGGCUCGUCCGCGGUGAUGCCGGUGGGCGCCCUUGCAGAGAAGAAGAAGCAGCUGCAUGAAAAGAGCAUGAAGCAUGGCACUGGAAACUCACGCCCAGAGAGGGUGCUGUUCUGCCUCACCCUCAACAAUCCCUUUCGCCAGGCAUGCAUCAACAUCGUGGAGUGGAAGCCAUUUGAUACUUUUAUAUUAGUCGCCAUUUUUGCAAAUUGCAUGGCCUUAGCUAUCAACACCCCCUUUCCUGGGGAUGACUCAAAUUCAGUCAACCAAACCCUGGAAACUGUUGAAUAUGUAUUCCUUGUUGUUUUCACAAUCGAAACCUUCCUGAAGAUCUUUGCGUACGGGUUAAUCCUGCACAAAGGCGCCUACGUCCGGAGCGGCUGGAACAUGCUGGACUUUGUCAUCGUCAUCAUCGGGAUGUUCAGUGUGGCCCUGGAGCAACUUGCUGAUAAAGAAGGAGAUGCGGUAGUGGUAAAAGUCGGAAGCAAACCAUCGGGCAAAGCAGGCGGGUUCGACGUCAAAGCCUUGCGGGCCUUCCGAGUGCUACGACCCCUUCGGCUGGUCUCAGGAGUGCCCAGUCUACAAGUGGUGGUGAAUUCUAUCAUCAAAGCCCUGGUUCCCCUGCUCCAUGUUUCUCUUCUUGUGUUGUUUGUCAUCAUUAUCUACGCCAUCGUCGGCCUUGAACUCUUCCUCGGGAAAAUGCAUGCUACCUGCUACUAUAAGGACACAGAUAUAUUAGUGGAUGAAGAACCGGCACCCUGUGUAAAAAGCGGUCCAGGUCACAUGUGCACAUUAAACGGCACGGAGUGUAGGGAUGGAUGGGUCGGCCCCAACAACGGCAUCACCAACUUCGACAACUUCCUGUUUGCCAUGCUCACUGUUUUUCAGUGCAUCACAAUGGAGGGCUGGACCAACGUGCUCUACUGGAUGAAUGAUGCGAUGGGGAUGGAACUGCCAUGGCUUUACUUCGUCACCUUGGUGAUCUUCGGCUCUUUCUUUGUCCUGAACCUUGUCCUGGGAGUGUUGAGUGGUGAGUUCUCUAAGGAGGGAGAGAAAGCAAAGGCUCGUGGAAACUUUCAGAAGGUUCGUGAAAGACAGCAGAUGGAUGAUGACCUGCAGGGCUACCUGGACUGGAUCAUGCAGGCAGAAGACAUCGACCCCGACAAUGAGGAUAUAAUGUGUCAGGGCAAUCAGAAACGUCAAGGGAAUGAAAAUUCUGUGAACAUGGAGAAUGAGGAGGAGGAGGAGGAGCAACCGACAUGCUGCGGUCCUCUGUGUGAGAAAAUUUCAAAAACAUCCUGUAGCCGGGGCUUACAGCGCUGGAACAGGCUUAUACGUAGGAAGUGCCGUUUGACGGUGAAAUCCGUGGCGUUUUAUUGGCUGGUGAUCAUACUGGUGUUCCUAAAUACUCUUACUAUCUCAUCUGAACACUACAAUCAACCUUACUGGCUCACACAAAUACAGGAGGUGGUCAAUAAGGUCCUGCUGUCUCUCUUCACGGUGGAGAUGCUGGUAAAGAUGUAUAGCUUGGGCCUUGCUGCCUACUUCGUCUCGCUCUUCAACCGCUUCGACUGUUUUGUGGUGUGUGGCGGCAUCACGGAAACCAUCCUGGUGGAGCUGAAGAUCAUGUCCCCGCUGGGCAUCUCCGUGUUCCGCUGCGUCCGGCUCCUCAGGAUUUUUAAAGUCACGCGUCACUGGCAGUCUCUCAGCAAUCUGGUGAUGUCUCUGUUGAACUCCGUGAAGUCCAUCGCCUCGUUGCUGCUCCUCCUCUUCCUCUUCAUCCUCAUCUUCAGUCUCCUGGGAAUGCAGGUGUUUGGCGGGAAGUUCAACUUUGACGCGACUGAGAAAAAUAGGAGCAGCUUUGACAACUUUCCACAGGCCCUGCUCACUGUGUUUCAGAUUUUGACAGGUGAAGACUGGAACGAAGUAAUGUAUGACGGAAUCAUGGCAUUUGGCGGACCUUCAUCAUCAGGGAUGAUUGUCUGCAUGUACUUUGUCAUCCUCUUCAUCUGUGGAAACUACAUCCUACUGAACGUCUUCUUGGCUAUCGCCGUGGACAACCUGGCAGGUGCCAGGUCUUCUUCUCCAAAGAAAAAUGAAGAAAAUGAUGAAACUGAAGAGUUAAUGAGGAAGAUCGCAGCUGAAGAUGCAAAGGAGAAAGCAGCAAAAUGCGAGGAAGAGGAAGAGCCCGAGGUUAUGAAAGGGCCUCGUCCUGCGAUCCGUGAUCUGAAGAAACAAGACACGAUAGUCCCCAUCCCAGAGGCCAGUGCCUUUUUCUUCUUCAGUAACACAAAUCCGGUUCGUGUUGCGUGUCAUGCAACAAUAAACCAUCCGAUCUUCUCCAACCUCAUCCUCAUCUUCAUCAUGUUCAGCUCCGCGUCACUUGCUGCGGAGGAUCCAAUCAGAAGCAUGUCAACCCGUAACAUUAUACUUGGUUACUUUGACUAUGCCUUCACAGCUGUCUUUACUGUAGAGAUCAUGUUGAAGAUGAUGACGUUUGGAGCAUUUCUUCACAAGGGGGCAUUCAUGAGGAACGCCUUUAAUCUCCUGGACAUACUGGUUGUGGGCAUAUCUCUGGCAUCCUUCGGACUAGAUGCCUCAGCAAUCUCCGCGGUGAAGAUCCUGCGUGUGUGCCGGGUGUUGAGACCUCUCAGAGCCAUCAAUAGAGCCAAAGGGCUGAAGAAAGUGGUCUCGUGUGUGUUUGUGGCCAUCAGGACCAUCGGUAACAUUGUAGUUGUCACCACUCUGCUCCAGUUUAUGUUCGCCUGUAUCGGAGUGCAGCUCUUUAAGGGGAAAUUUUAUCGUUGCACUGAUGAAAUCGUAGUAACGCCAGACGAGUGCAAGGGCAACUUUAUCGCCUUCAAAGAUGGAGACAUAAACAAACCUAUGCUUCAGAAGCGCAUCUGGAAAAAUGGCGAUUUCAACUUUGACAACGUGCUCAAGGCCAUGAUGGCCCUCUUCACUGUGUCCACGUUUGAGGGUUGGCCGAAACUUCUCUAUGAAGCCAUUGACUCAUAUAGUGUGAACCAUGGCCCCGUCUUCAACAACCGCGUGGAAAUCUCCAUCUUCUUCAUCAUCUACAUCAUCAUCAUCGCCUUCUUCAUGAUGAACAUCUUUGUGGGUUUCGUCAUCGUGACAUUCCAGGAGCAAGGCGAGAGCGAGUACAAGAACUGUGAGCUGGACAAGAACCAGAGGCAGUGUGUGGAGUACACGCUGAAUGCUGAGCCCAUCAAGCAAUUCAUCCCCACAGACCCCUACCAGUACAAGUUCUGGCUCGUGGUCAACUCUGCAGUCUUUGAAUAUGUCAUGCUGGUGCUCAUUAUUCUCAAUAUCCUCUGUCUAGCAGUGCAGCACUUUGAGCAGUCUGCGGAAUUUAGCCAUGUGAUGGACAUCUUGAAUAUGAUAUUCACAGCAGUCUUUACUGUGGAGAUGGUCGUGAAACUAAUUGCCUACAAACCUACGCUCUACCUCUGCUUUAGGUCCUGUCAAUUCUCUUUGCUCUGUAAUGGUCUGUUACAGCUCUGUGACUUAAAGGGAACGUCUCAGCCCCCUCAUUAUUUCACUGAUGCUUGGAACGCAUUUGAUGCCUUAAUUGUAGUGGGUAGCAUCAUAGAUAUUGCUGUCAAUGAAAUCAACCCCACGGAGCCUCCAAAGUUGGAUGAGGCGGGGAAUGCGGAAGAAAAGUCAGGCCUUUCCAUUACCUUCUUCCGGCUGUUUCGAGUGUUGCGAUUAGUCAAACUACUCAGCAAAGGGGAGGGCAUUCGUACCCUCCUGUGGACCUUCAUUAAGUCCAUCCAGGCUCUGCCAUAUGUCGCCCUACUCAUCGCCAUGGUGUUCUUCAUUUAUGCCGUCAUCGGCAUGCAGAUGUUUGGGAAGAUAGCAAUGGUGGAUGGAACACCAAUCACCAGAAACAACAACUUCCAAUGUUUUUCCCAGUCGGUGCUGCUUCUGUUCAGGUGUGCUACAGGAGAAGCCUGGCAGGAAAUCAUGCUGGCAUGUAUGCCAGGUCAGAUGUGUGACCCAGAGUCGGAUUACAGCCCUGGCGAGGAGUUGUCCUGUGGUAGCAACUUUGCUAUCCCUUACUUUAUCACCUUCUACAUGGUCUGUGCAUGGCUGAUCAUUAACUUGUUUGUGGCUGUCAUCAUGGAUAACUUUGACUAUUUAACCCGUGAUUGGUCAAUUUUGGGACAACAUCACCUUGAAGAGUUUAAAAGGUUAUGGUCAGAAUAUGAUCCAGAGGCCAAGGGUAGAAUAAAGCAUUUCGAUAUAGUGGCCCUGCUGCGACGCAUUCCACCUCCUCUGGGAUUUGGAGAGCUGUGUCCACACAGAGUUGCAUGCAAGCGGCUGGUGAGCAUGAAUAUGCCCCUAAACAGUGAUGGCACAGUCGCAUUUAAUGCCACUCUGUUUGCACUAGUGAGGACUGCACUCAAGAUCAAAACAGAGGGGAACAUGGAGCAGGCCAAUGAUGAGCUGAGAGUCAUCAUUAAGAAGAUCUGGAAGGGAACCAGCAUGAAACUAAUCGACCAGCUGGUGCCACCUUCUGGAGAUGAUGAGGUAACCUUGGGGAAGUUUUAUGCCACUUUCCUGAUACAGGACUACUUUAGGAAAUUCAAGAAACGUAAAGAAGAUGCCGCAGCUGAAGAGCAGGUCGAAGAAACUAACACAGCCAUCGCACUACAGGCUGGGCUCCGCACGCUGCAUGAUGUCGGGCCCGAAAUACGCCGUGCCAUAUCAUGCGACCUCCAGGAUGAGGAGCUAGUAAACAUUAUGCCUGAGGAGGAAAAGAAAGCCAACGACUUUUUUGACAACGGCAACAGAGACCAAACUUCUGUCCAUCAGACCAAUGCCACACAGCGCCCCCUGCAGGUCCAUCCACCCCCACGUUACGUCAACAUGGAGGAACCUGUGGGGAGGCUCGACCGCGCCAGCGUCAUGGCCCACAGUACCCAUGACCAAAACCUCACGCAACCUCCUAGUGACCACGGCUCCAACGGCAAUGUGCCCGAGGCUAACAACGUCAACUUGAACAAUGCCAAUGUUUCGAGCCUGCCCAGCGUGGAUACAAUCCACCUCAUCCAGCACAUGCCCACAAACGCACACCCGAGCGUGUACAACCCCAGCGACCUUGACAAACCCACGCAGCCGCACGUACCGAGAAGGCGCUACUAUGAGACGUAUAUUAGGUCAAAUGGAACCAUUAGACAACGCCCUACCAUUCGUCGUGAGGAAGACUUUGAAGAAGACCGCUACUCUGGAGAGUACUACAGUGGAGAGGAGUAUUACGAAGAUGAAUGCAUGCUGCCACGCAACAGGUACCCCAACAGCGAUCACGAGUAUGAGACACCUCGCGGCUACAAAUAUCCUGACAGUUACUAUGAAGAUGACCUCCAGCCCAUUUACCGUGACUCAUAUCGGUCGCCAAAGAGACGGCUGCUUCCUCCCACACCACAAGGUCUCUCUCCUCUGACAAACCCAGGCCAUCAGAGGUCUUCUUUCAACUUUGAGUGUCUGCGCAGACAGACCAGUGCGGACGAUCUUCCUCGCCAGCGAACUGCUCUUCCAAUGCAUUUAAUGCAGCACCAGGUGAUGGCAGUAGCAGGCCUGGACUCAAACAUAGCCCACAGGGUCUCACCUGCUCGUUCUAGCCGCUCAUGGGCCACGCCCCCAGCCUCGCCCACCAGCAAAGACCAAACCCCUUACUAUACACCCUUGAUCCGCGAGGAACGCUCACUCUUCAACAGCACGCGCCCUUCGGCGCGCAAAAGCGCAUGGUACACAGACGAAAUCGAUGUCCAGCAGGGCAGCUACUCACCUGUGCACUUGCAGAUCCCAUCUGAGUACCAAAACCAGUACCAAAACCAGUACCAGAUGAAAAGAGACAGUGCUGCCAGCCUAGUGGAGGCGAAACAUGGAGGUUUUAAAGUGGAGGAGCAAGGAGAGAGUGGGGUUCUGAUAUCAGAAGGACUGGGCAGAUAUGCCAAGGACCCCAAGUUUGUGUCUGCUACAAAGCACGAGAUUGCAGAUGCUUAUAAAAUGACCUUCAAUGAGAUGGAAAGUGCAGCGAGCAACCUCCUGAAUGGCAGUGUAACAGGGCUCAUCGGGGCCAAUGGGCUCAAUGUUAUCAAUACUGUCAAAGGGGUCAAUGGGGUCAAUGGACUUUUCCCCUUCCUGCGUCACAAAGACCAUGACAUUCAGGAUGUGUCGGCAAGCUACAGCGAUGAGGAGCUUGAAACUGACCCCCGGCCUCGCUACGAGGAGGAGCUGAAGGAUGAGAUGAUCUGCAUCACCAUGUUAUAGCAUCCAGUUAGUGGAUAGCGCUAACCAACUAGUAUGUUCCCAGCAACUGAGAUAUUAAACAGAACCGAGUGCAUCUACAGGCUUAUAACCAAAAGAAGUGCCUUCACUGUGGAAAGAAAGGCACCUAGAGUAAAGACUUACUGAUCCCUUCCUAUUCUCGGGGGCUGUGGGCUGUGGGGUCAUAGAACCAGAGUGGAGUCAUGUUUCCUCGCAACAGCAUUCCAGUCUGUCAGAUGGCUGAUGAUCAUACUUUGGAGAUCGCCCCUAAGCUGAUGAUGAAUUUUAAAGCUGAACUGUGAUUGGCUAUGCACCAAUGGACAGUGACAUGAGGUAUCCUGGAGGGUGGGAAGUUUCCAAGGUGAUGACAAUCAAAUUGAAGAUGUCAUUACCUCAGUCAUUUUAAUAAGGGUUUUGCAUAUCAAGCACAUUUUCAAUGCAAGUAAUGUAAAGCAUUUCUCCCCCUAGAGGCUUUAGUUUGUACUAAUUCUAUAGAAUAAUUCACUAAAGGUUGAUGAGAACUACAAAUAUUUAGAUAACUAAAACUAAAAAAUCCAUGCUGAUUUACAGGUAAUAUCAUAAAUUAUUAAGAAUUACUACAUUAUCAAUCUGGAGCUACUUUUUCAAGACAAUUGCAGCAUUUAUUUUAAAUGUUUUCAAUUGUUGUUGGGUUUUUUUUAACUUAGCUUAGCCUGUUUUAACUUUCAUAAUUAAUAUGCUGUAAAUUAAUUGUAAUAUAAAACAAAGAGGAAACUUUUUAAAGGGACAUCAUAUAUUUUGUAAUUAUGUAGGAGAAAGAAAUUCGCCGUAGGAGAAAGAAAUCAGCAAUAUUAAUCCUAAUCGAUGUUACUGAAUUAUGGAAAAACAAAAAUACAUUUAGAUUUUAUUGGAUUAUGGACUCUGGUUUUGCUUUUCAUAAUUACCUGUUUAUGCACAUCCUCAGUUUUGUCUGCAUAAAAAUAUGCUUUCUUGCUUUGGUUUUAUUUGAGGUUAUGACUGUGUCACACCUGUACAAGAUAUGCAAAUACUUUUGCUAAUAUUCCUUUCUCUCUGUGAGUGUGUAUGUGUGUCUAUGUAUGUGUGCAUGGUUGUGACUGUCCACAGCAUCAGAACUCAUUCCUUCCCUGGAGUUGCCAGUAGGUAGUGUGAAUUAUGAGGUGUGCUCUUCACUCCCAGACAUGCUGCUGGGGCAUGCGGCGCUGUCUUAUUACACAAACUAGUGUUACUGUAUACUGUAGUGGGCCUGAUCACUCUGUAGUGGGCUAUCGCUCUCUGUUCACUCUGUUGUGUGUUGUUGUGUGUUUUGUGCAGAGGAGGUGCACAUGAGGGUUUGAAAUGCAUUGUGCACUGACCUAAUGCUGCUUGAAUGGGUUAUUAGGAAGCUGUCUUUUCUCUUGCCAGAUGCAAGUCGUCUGACUGAGAUAUCUGCAAAUGCUAGGACCCAUAAGAUAGAGUUGAUCUCAGACAGCCACUAACACAAGGUAGCAAAGCUGUUUUCAGGUCAGUGAUAAAGUACACCGAUGUUUCUGGGGUCAUUUUCCCCUUAGUAGUACAGAUUAAAAUGUCGGUUGAAGUGAUGGCGUGAUUGUGGUCGGUAGAUUUCAAGUGACAUGGUACAGUCAGCUUGCUGAUUGUUAAGAAGCAGGGCUACACAGGCUAAGCAAUACUGACCCCUUCUCUCUUUUAUCUCGAUAUCUCCCCACCACUUUAGCUGCUUCUCUUGCCUCCAUUACUGCAGGGGAAAACAUAUUGGUGUUAAAAUCAUUCACUUUUUCAGAAACAUUUAACAUUUUAUAGUGCUUAAAAUAGGCUUCCCCACUCCCUCCUUGGAUUCAAACCAGGCGCUCCAUGUCACUUCCAACAAGACAGAAAUACAUUUUUGACUGCCUUGAAAUUUUGAGUUUUAGCACAGACUAAACAUAGGGGAAAAAGGUGAUAUGGGAUUUGUGGUUAUUGGGAGUGAUUUGUGGGUUUGUUGAGCAAGUACUACUGUGCUUUUAGUCAACCGAACACUGUAUUAAAAAAAGAGAAAGAAAGAAAAAUGUGGAUUCAACCACUGUAUGUGCACAUAUGAAAGGGCUCUCUUAAAUGUUUUGUGAGAAAAUGAAUAUAUAUGUUCCAUUCUUGAACAUAUCUUGUGAAAAUAUCUUGUGAAAAUAACUUGUGAGAGGACCAAUGCGCAUUCUAGGCACAUUGUACUAUUUGUAGCAAUUACUUUAAGAAAAAGAUAUGCAUUAUUUAAAAAAAAAAAACUUUUAAAAAAUAAUUAUAAGUAACUUGCUUUUACCUCAUGUCAGGGACUCCUGAACUAUACAAAAUAAAAAUACCUAAAUAUAUAUUUGGUUCAUGUAAUUUAAAUAUUAGCACAUGGCUCCUGGUCUUUGCUUUUGGGCUUUUCCUGUUUUCUAUUCAGUUUUAUGUAUUAAGGUGAGCAAACGUUGUACUUUUUCUGUGAUUGUGUGUGAAAUUAGUGAAAUAUAUAUUUUUCAUUUAACAUCUCUACUUUCAGUGCUGGUACAAGGAAAAGAAAAAAUGGAAAAAUGUGCACCUCUCUGUAAUAAAACAUGGUAAUGGGUUAAAAACACAUCCUUAAGGUAAUGUACAAGUUUACAAAGAAAGUCUUUUGAUUUAAACAUUAACUUUUUCAUUCUAGAAUUAUACAUUCUUACUGCUACUACUACUACUACUACUACUACUACUACUACUAUAAACAUUGCUAUUGGUAUUAAUACUAUAAGGAAAUUAAAGAUUAUGAUGCAUAUUAUGUACAUAUAUACUCAAAAGACAAUGUGUGAUAAUUCUCUACUUGAAAGUCCUAAUUUUUGCUCCUGUAAUCAGUUUUAUUCUCUUCAUAGCUAAUCAUUUAUGAAAACCCUCUAGGUUUUGUAUCAAUGCAUUUUUUGUAUCUUUCCUAUUUAUUUUGACCUGAACUUGAUUUGAAU